CACGCAGGCUGCGUCAGAGGUAACAAGAGUACGGUAAUUCAACAUUUUCUCUUGGGACUUCGCGCCGAGGCUGGUACCACGUUCUGUUGCCUUUGGUGAAAUUCAGUCGUCUGAAUUUUUGAAUUUCUUCAAUAUGGUAAAAGUGAGUUUCAACACGGCUUUGGCCCAGAAAGACCCGAAAAAGGACGGCGAGACGCUCCUUUCAGAUGUUAAGGAUGCAGAGGCAGCUGUUUACAUGCAGCCACGGUACAGGCCCUGGAGUUGUCAUUUCUGCCUGGGGUUCACUCUGGUGUUGGCUGGACUGUUAAUUGGAGGAGGAGCCUACCUGUACAGGAGCCACCUUCUAGAGGAGGAGCAUACGUAUGUGUGUGGACUGAGGUACCAUGAGUCAGACUUUGUGGUGGCAGAAGAGGAUGAUGGGACACUGGAGGAGUAUCUUUUGGAGGAGCGUGUUCGUGUGAUCCAGGAUGAGGAGGUGGAGCUCAUUGAUGUCCCGGUACCCGAUUUCAGCGAUCUCCACCCUGCGACCAUCAUCCACGACUUCAGGAGGAGGCUGACUGCCUACCUGGACCUGUCUCUGAAUAAAUGUUACAUCAUCCCCCUCAACACCUCUGUUGUCAUGCCUCCCAGAGACCUCCAAGACCUGCUGGAGAACAUCAAGAAGGGAACGUACCUGCCACAGACCUACCUGAUGCAUGAGGAAAUGAUUGUGACAGAGAAGCUGGACUCUGUGGAUCAGCUGGGAUUCUACAUCUUCAGUCUGUGCAACAACAAAGACACAUACGGACUGCAGCGCAGAGACGCCAUACUGGGCAUGCAGAAACGCUCUGUGCUCAACUGCUACAAGAUUCGUCACUUUGAGAACAACUUUGUGACGGAGACUCAGAUCUGUGAGAUGUGAGUCACGGAGACUGGACUGUCUCUCCACCCACAGUAGCGCUCCUCUCUGUCUCUCUCACUCCUCUGUAAAUCUCAGCUCCAGGUGAUUUUGUACUUUACUCUGUUUCUGACUUCGAGCCUGAUUACUACUAUCCAGUGAAAGAGCUACUGCUUCUGUUUGAUUUUUGUGUCGAUUUGAUGUGGGUUUUUUCUUUUUUUUUUUG